AUGAUAUUCCUUAUCAAUGGAACAACACAACUGUGGGUACCUCUGCCCAUACUAAACAAAGCUCUCUUCACAUCAUGGAAGUACCCGUAUGUCUUAGCAAUGGAUAUUCUAAUAUUUAUACUAACCUUAUUACUCAUUGCCCGUGCCUCCACACUUAUUGCAAAAUACCGAUGCUUCCAUAUAAACCUCCGAGUUUUGCUAAUUUUCCAGCUCUGCCAAUGGCUGGAAAUUCUAUGUGCUAGAUAUCUUCUAUUCGAUUAUUUAAUUGGUUACAAAUUUCUCGGUGAUAAAUCUAAAAUUUAUCACCAUUUUUGGACUGAUAAACUGGAGGAAAUGGUUCAAAUUUCUUGCUUUUUAGAGGAAUGGCCAUUGUUUUUAGGCGGGUUUCUGUAUACUCAUCAUUUUGCGUCUUGUCUAUUUUUUCUAUUUUCUGUGUCUAUGGAACGGGCUAUUGCGUCGUAUUAUUUGAGUGACUACGAACGUAAAACUCGUCCUUACAUUUCAAUUGCCAUAAUAAUUGUUUCAAUGCUAUUUUCAUCUGCCUAUUCUGUAUUUUUUGCAUUCAAUUUUUUCAACCUGACUUUUAUUGUAAUCGUACUGGUUACGGUAGCCUCAACUACACUAUACACAUCGGUUUUCUACUACAACACUCGAAUUAAGAAAAUUUCGGACAAAAAUUCGAAACGCGAAAAUUAUACGUUGGCGAGAAGAUUUCAAACGAUGGAGAACUUGAAAUCGUUGAGGAUGGCAAAAUACGUGGUUUCAACGCACGCGGUUUACGUGUCCCUCUGCGAAGUGUGCUUCAUCUGUGUAUAUUAUGGAGCUGAAUCAAAUUAUUGGGAAGUUUUUGGAUAUAUUUUGGAUUUUGUGGUUUCUUACAGCAACUGUAUAAUCGUUCUCAUCGUGAUUUUCUCAGUACCAUGCUGGAAAAAGUCGUUUCUCCGUCCUUUAUACAUGUUUCGAAGGAUGCAAUCAAAUCGGGUAUCUAUGGCAUCACAGGAAAAGGAUCCCGAGGAGGACGCCCGGCAAAUUUCUUCUAUUUAUUUUCAGCAAUUGGCCCGGGCUUGGACUUGA